AUGACAAAUUACUUUUCCUGUUCACCGCCCAAGAAAAGAGCGAAAUCGGAACAUUCUCGUGGUGCCCGGGACUGUGAGGACUACCCCGACUCGGAUGACUCAUUCAAUGAUCCGGUCCUUGCUGAGCCUAGCCAAAUAACGCAGACGAUCUUACAACGGAGAGAUACGAAGCAGCAAAAUAUGGGAACACAGCAUCAGUCUAGAGAAGGUGGUAUCACAAGGAGCGCACCUGUACAUAGUUCUCCUCUUCGUGCUCCUCGUGAUGACGACAGAAGAAAACCAGUGCAAAGAGCAGUGGCAUCGGUCACGCCGCGACGGUUCAACACACAGGAGAAAAAUGACUAUCAUCACAAUGGUCAGCUGCUCAUGCUGAAGAAUCGAGUAGAGAAUAUGGAGCGUGAACGAGAGCGUCUGGCGGCCCAAACAAGGGAUCAGCUGAUUGCGAAAGAAAAGCACCAUGCAGCCGAAAUUAACGAAAAGGAAGAACGGAUACGUCAGCUCCAAACACAAAUACAGUGCCUGCGGCAGGAAAACCUGCAAAAUAGCUUUCAAGUGCACAACGUCACAAUUUCGGGCAAGUGUUGA